AUGAAUCAAGACUCUUUUAUAGUUACUUCAGAAGGUAAUUCAAUUGUAUGUAAUAUUAACGUACCAGAUGACGUUUUUGUAAUGGGGGAAUCAUGGGUUGGUGUAUAUGUAGUUAAUAGAGAAAAAAAUGAACAUUACCAUAAAAGUCAAUACGUUACAUCAGCAACAUCAAUUAUUAAAUUUAAUACAUUAAGAGAUGGUAUGUAUGAUGUAAGAUAUUUCAAAGAGGGUUAUGAAAAAUGUUUUAAUAAACCUGUUUCAAUUGGACAAUUAGUUACUCCAAAAUAUACAAUUAGUGACAUAAAUUCAAAUGAAUAUAAACUCCAUUUAAUAUUUAAUCGAGAACACUUACUUCCUGGAGAUUGGUUUGGAUUAUUUAAAAAAAGUUCAAUGAGUCAAAAAAGUCCAAUCUUUCAAAUACGCGUUGAUCCAAAACAAAAUGAAUAUGAUAUUGAUCUUCUUUCAUUUAAUUUGGAACCUUAUUAUUAUUGUUUUGAAGAUGGAAUUUUAACAACCAAACAAGAAAGAUUUGAAAUUAGAUAUUAUCGUUCAGGAUGUACUUGUUAUAAUGAAAGAGUAGUACAUAUUGGAUUAGGGCUAAAUGCAAUUUCAGUGAAUUUAUAUAGUUUUGUUCCUUCAGGUAUUUGUCCUCUUAAUGAAAUAGAAUUAAGUGCAUUAUUAACGAAUGUUCAUAAUAUAAAUAAUUCUAUUAACCUUAUUUAUUGCUCAAAUGUUAAAAAGUUUGAAAUUCAAGUAUAUAAUGAAAAUGUAUUAAUUCAAACUUAUACAGACUCAAAUUUACGUCGAUCUGCUGAAAUAACUAUUAAUUUACCUCCAAUACCAAUUGGAUCUGUUAUUGAAAUUCGAUUAGUUUGUUUAGCAACAAAACAUAUCCUUGCAAAAACUGAAUAUGAAAUGAAGUAA